GGCCCAUUACUGGGUCGUGUUGAGCUGAACUACCCCACUAUGAUGAAGUUACGGCCGGGAGUCGAGUGAAGCCAGGAUUGGUGACAGCAGCGUUUUGCCUUUUCCUCUAGGUAGGUAGUCAGUCUACUUAGUUUCAUUCAACACAAUCUCAACUCUCUCUCAAAAAGGCUUCAGGAUCAUCAACGGCGACUUCUUUUUUUUGUUUUGCUCUGCUUUAUAUCUUCAUUUCAAUAUUCAAGACUUCGAAUCUCUUCUCUCUUCUUUAUACCCUUCCUUUACAAAUCUAUCUUUGAAAAUCCUUCAACAUGGUGGGGUUAGGUCCAAGAAAGCCUCCUUCCCGUAAGGGUAUGUAUCACUUCAACCUUUCCUAUGUCACUCCAAUUUCGGUUUGCUUCGGUCGAUAGACAGUUGAUAUCAGCUCAUACUUCACAUUCACUACUCUUCAUGAGUGAAAGGGCUGUACAACUUGCUACAGCCCAUCUCUAUCAUCUCUCCAAUGUCUAAUCAUAUGAGGACUGUCAGCUUGAAAUCAACAAGCUUGGCAUUUCAAUCUCAAACCAUCACCACAAAAACUCAAGAAACUUUCAAGUCUUUGAAGUCUCUAGAUUAAUGAUUACGAUAUGUCGACAACUUCAACUCCAUCUUCAGGUCCUGCCAAAAAUCCCAAAUCACCAACCAAAGAAGGUUCAUACCUCCUCAUCCAUGUCUUCCACUUAAAGCUACCGCUUUUAGAUUGGUCUACCCGACAAGUGUUCUGUGUAGACCGGUCUAAAAUGUUGACAUAUGCUCCGUAGAAGAGCACAUGAAUGUCGUUUUCCUACAUCUUAUACAAACAAGACAUUAGGAUCUAGCUCUUGGGCAAGAUUCCUGGAGAUAUCUAAAUUCUCUCUAUCAUUCCUGGCUGUGUGGUUGCACAUGACCAAGUACAGUCUUGGCUCCUUGACAUGGACUACCGAUGACAGCAUAACUUAAUAUCAAAAGCCUAUCUCCAUUCUAUGGUUCCCUUUCAACUUACAAUGAGGUCAUAAAGUUUUGAUUAGAUUUGCUAACUCACGACAUGCACACAGGUUCCAUGGCGGAGGUUCCAAAGAAUUUCUUGGAGCAAAUCAAGAAACUUGAGCAACAGUUCACUGUUGACACCAAAAAGCUCAAGGAAAUCACAGAACAUUUCGUCUCUGAGCUUACUAAAGGUAAAUACUCUAUCCUAUCACUGUAAUGUAAAUGUUGUGCUGAUUUCAAACCAGGUCUCACCGUGGAGGGUGGAAGUAUUGUAUGUUCUUUCGCUCCAUUUUAGGUCCCAUGCUAAUUUUCAAAAUAGCCAAUGAACCCAACAUGGUGUAUGUCAUUCCCAGACGGUUAUGAAACCGGUACUUUCCUCGCUUUGGACAUGGGAGGUACCAACUUGCGUGUCUGUGAGAUCAUCUUGACUGAUGAGAAGUCUGAGUUCGAUAUUAUGCAAUCAAAGUACCGCAUGCCGGAAGAACUCAAAACCGGUGAUGCCGAUGAGCUUUGGGAGUACAUUGCGGAUUGUCUUCAGCAAUUCAUCGAGUCUCAUCAUCAGGGCGAGAAGCUCGACAAAUUGAGCCUCGGUUUCACCUUUUCCUACCCAGCUACCCAGAACUACAUUGAUGAGGGUAUUUUACAAAGAUGGACCAAGGGCUUUGAUAUUGCGGGUGUUGAAGGCGAAAACGUUGUUCCAAUGUUCGAAGCAGCUCUUGCUAAGAGAGUAAGUGUUGAAUCAAAAUUCCAAAUAUAUAGCGCUUGCUAAAUCCGUCAGGGUGUGCCAAUUAAGCUCACUGCUUUGAUCAAUGACACCACUGGUACUUUGAUCGCUUCCGCAUACACUGAUACAUCCAUGAAGAUUGGAUGUAUCUUUGGAACUGGUUGCAAUGCUGCUUACAUGGAAAACUGUGGCUCCAUUCCAAAAUUGGCCCACAUGAACCUACCUCCUGACACUCCAAUGGCAAUCAACUGCGAGUGGGGUGCUUUUGACAACGAACACAAAGUUCUCCCUCGUACUCCAUACGAUAUCAUUAUUGAUAAAGAUUCUCCACGUCCUGGUCAGCAAGCAUUUGAGAAGAUGAUUGCUGGUCUUUACCUUGGAGAGCUUUUCAGAUUGGUUCUAGUUGAUCUUCACGACAACAAAGAUAUUCACAUCUUUGAGGGUCAGGACAUCGAGAAGCUCCGAAAAGCUUAUACUUUGGACUCUUCUUUCUUAUCCUUGGUUGAGGAGUAAGUUCCUAUAGCUGCUCUGUUUUUAUGGUUGGUGAUUAACACUGUCUAGGGAUCCAUUCGAGAACUUGUCAGAGACAGCUGACCUGUUCCAAAACAAGCUCGGCAUAGUCACCACUGUUCCAGAACUUGAGCUUAUCCGCCGUCUCGCUGAGUUAAUAGGUACCCGUGCUGCCCGUCUUUCCGCCUGUGGUGUUGCCGCCAUUGCCAAGAAGAAGGGUUACGAGACCUGCCACGUUGGAGCUGAUGGAUCAGUCUUCAACAAAUACCCUCACUUCAAGGCUCGUGGUGCAGCGGCACUUCGUGAAAUUCUUGAUUGGCCUGCCAAGAAGAGUGCUAAGGAGCAUGAUCCCAUUGAAAUCUUGGCCGCCGAAGAUGGAUCUGGUGUCGGUGCAGCUUUGAUUGCUGCUUUGACCCUCAAGCGUGUUAAGGAAGGUAACAUGGCUGGUAUCUUGCACCCAGAGAACUUUAGAUGAGUUAGUACGUGAACUCAGGUAAAAGGAUAUACAAGUUUCGAGGAGUUGAUAUUGAGUGAUGCGAACAUGAAUACUAUGGACAGUCAGUUAAGAUCGAUGUUUAGAGAAAGUAUUUCUAUGGCAUAAGAAUGUAUGUAGACAAAGACCCGCAUGACAUUUUUUUGCUUCUACUCGCUUGCGCAUUCCCUUCAUAUUUUAGCAGACCAAAGCGUUUGGCAAUCACACACAAGACCAAUAAAUAUAAA